CAGGAUAUGGCCAAUCAGAAAGCCUAUGAGGUAGAGCCAUGGAUUGGUUGGCAAGAUUAAGGAGGCACUCUGAUUGGUGGGCUGUGUGGACACAUGAGAGGGGGACAGUAGAGUAGCAGCAGGUUCAUAAUAUCAGCAGCAGCAGUGGGGUCAGCUCCGCUCCACACCUACUGAGCACUGGGGCAUCAUGCAGAGGAAGAGUAGCUUCACUGGUCUCCUCAUCACUGCUCUGUGUGCAGUGGCCUCUGGUAAACUCAGAGAAUAUCACUAUGUGUCUGAAGAGAAGACCUGGUCAGAGGCUCAGCAGUACUGUCGUGAGCACUACACAGACCUGGCCUUCAUCAGCAACCAGGAAGAAGUAGAUCAGCUCCUUCCCAUUUCAAGGGGUGAUUGGACCUGGAUUGGUUUGCACAGAGAUGUUAACGACCCAACAGGAUGGACAUGGUCAGGAGGAGAGAACUCAGCAUUUAGGUUUUGGAAGUCAGGAGAGCCAAACAAUGCUGGUGGCAUUGAGGACUGUGUCAUGGUACAGUGGGAUAUGGGAUGGAUGGAUUCGCGUUGCUCCCGGACACUCCCCUUCUUAUGCUACAAGGAGAAGCUGAUCCUGGUUCAGGAGAUGAAGACGUGGGAGGAGGCUCUGGAGUACUGCAGGGAUCACUACACCGACCUCCCCAGCCUGCUCUCUAAGACUGAACAUCUCCAGGCCCAGAGCAAGAUGGAGGGUGCCCAGACCGACCAUGUGUGGACGGGUCUGAUCUUCCUGGCCAGAGAAUGGCUGUGGGUGAACGGGGACCACCUGGAGUACCAGGCUUGGUCUGGCGGGGAGCUGCCCCACUGCCCCGCCCAAUACCUCCACUGUGGGACCCUCACCAGAGAUGAAAAGCACUGGGGAACCAGGAACUGUAAGGAGAGGAGGAACUUCCUCUGCUACAGAGCGUGAGCCCCAGAGGAGAGAGAGAUUACUGUAGUAGAUAUGAUUAUCUAUGGAUGCUCUCUACUUGUUACCAUUUAACGCUGUGAUUGGUUAUUCACUCUAUUUACUUGUUAGUGCAUAUAAACCUAUUGGGUUUAACCCACGGGGCGGCAGGUAGCCUAGCGAUUAGAGCGUUGGGCCAGUAACCAAAAGAUUGCUGGUUCGAAUAUCUGAGCCGACAAGGUGAAAAAUGUGUUGAUGUGCACUUUAGCAGGACACUUAACCCUAAUGUGCUCCAGCGGCGCCGUACUACUAUGGCUGACCCUGUAAAACAACACAUUUCCUGCACCUAUCUGGUGUAUGUGACAAUAAGACAUAUUUUUUUGUGUGUGGUUUCUACAAUAGUCUACUAUUUUUGUACCUGUAGAUACCGUGGUUAUGAUAGUGGGUGCUUUGUGUGCACAAAGACCAUAACACUGGGCACAUAUAACACUGGGCACAAAUGUCAGUUCAAUGUCUAGUUUUGAUAACAUUUAAUUGAGUUGGUAAUUAACUUUUUUUUUUACCAGGUCAUUCGAUUUAG